UUCGGAGCGUAUUGCGUGAAGCACACAUCUUCUCCUCAUGUGUUUACUUUUAUGGAUCAGACUCAUCUAAACUCAUGAACUAUGGAAAACAUUACCGAUGGAAAAUGGGAGAGUUUACCUGUGAAAUUACAUGAAAGCAUAUUACAGACGCUUACAGAGCUGAAAUUUACAUAUAUGACUCCUGUUCAGGCUGCCUGCAUCCCUCUUUUUAUGAGUAAUAAAGAUGUGGCUGCUGAAGCGGUGACUGGCAGUGGGAAGACUCUGGCAUUUGUGAUUCCUGCAUUAGAAAUUCUCCUAAAGCGAGAAGAGAAGUUAAAAAAGAUGCAGGUGGGUGCAUUGAUCAUAACGCCCACCCGUGAGCUGGCACUGCAGAUCAGUGAGGUGAUGGGCCAGUUUCUGCAGGGGUUUCCUCAGUUUAGACAGAUUCUCUUAAUUGGUGGAAGCAACCCUAUUGAGGAUGUAGAGAAGUUUAAGACUCAGGGAGCCAAUAUCAUAAUCGCGACCCCUGGUCGAUUAGAGGACAUGUUUAGGAGGAAGGCAGAUGGACUUGAUUUGGCCACCGCUGUGAAGUCUCUGGACGUUCUAGUCCUGGAUGAGGCUGACCGUUUGCUGGACAUGGGCUUUGAAGCCAGUUUAAACACUAUUCUGGGGUAUUUGCCCAAGCAGCGGCGCACAGGGCUUUUCUCCGCCACACAGACGCAAGAGCUAGAGAAGCUGGUGAGGGCGGGUCUGCGCAACCCUGUGCGUAUCACAGUGAAGGAGAAAGGAGUGGAGGCCUCGAGCGUUCAGAAAACCCCAGCCAGACUCAGCAAUUAUUACUUAAUGUGUCGAGCAGAGGAGAAGUUCAACACUUUGGUGGCGUUUCUCAGGCAGCAUAAACAUGAGAAGCAUCUUGUGUUUUUCAGCACCUGCGCCUGUGUGGAGUACUUCGGUAAAGCCCUGGAAGUCUUGAUCAAGAACGUCAGCAUCCACUGCAUCCACGGGAAGAUGAAACAUAAACGAAACAAGAUCUUUGCAGAUUUCCGUGCGCUGAAGAGUGGGAUUCUCGUGUGUACAGACGUCAUGGCGAGAGGCAUCGACAUACCAGAAGUCAACUGGGUGCUUCAAUAUGACCCACCAAGCAGUGCGAGUUCCUUUGUGCAUCGGUGUGGACGAACGGCACGCAUUGGAAACCAAGGCAAUGCACUUGUGUUUCUCCUGCCAAUGGAAGAGUCAUAUGUAAAUUUCUUGUCCAUUAAUCAAAAGUGUCCCCUUCAGUUGUAUCCUCCAGUGAAAGAUGUGGUUGAUGUUCUGCCUAAACUGAAGGCAAUGGCUUUACAGGACAGAGCAAUGUUUGAGAAAGGCAUGAAAGCUUUUGUGUCAUGUGUGCAGGCGUACGCCAAACACGAGUGUAGUUUGAUAUUUCGCAUUAAAGACCUGGAUUUUGCUGCUCUGGCGCAUGGCUUCGCUCUCCUUCGUUUGCCUAAAAUGCCUGAACUGAAAGGAAAGACCUUCCCGAACUUCAAACAGGAGACCAUCGACACAGACACCAUCCGGUUUAAAGAUAAAAACAGGGAGAAACUGAGACAAAAAAGACUGGCGGAGCAAAAAGAGAAAGUGAAAGAGACGCCGUUGAGGAAAAACUUCAUCAAGAACAAAGCCUGGUCCAAGCAGAAGAUCAGGAAGGAUAGAAAGAAAAAGAAGACCGCCAAAAGAAAAAUGGAUGAGGAAUCAGAUGUUGACAACGAAGACUUAAACGAGCUUUUAAGUGACACGCGUCUGCUGAAGAAACUCAAGAGAGGAAAGAUCAGUGAAGAGGACUUUGACAAGCACAUGAGUUCAGCAGGAAGUUCACAUCCCAAAAGAGCAGAGAAACAGUCCUGAUGGAGAAUGAGCGGUCAUGUCUGAGACGUCAUGUGACUUCAGUGUGUACAUAUGUUGUACAGCAGUGACAUUUUCAUUCUGAUUGUCUUUGUAUUGUACAAGGAGGAUGCUUUCAUCGCAAAUGUGCUUUUGUAUUAACUAUCUUCCAUAUACAUCACUGCUCAAAAAUAAUUAAAUAAAGGUUUCUGUUGGUAAUUCAA